AGUGGGUAGAAAUAGUGGGUUAGUGACUUAGUGGGGUGGGUAACACUCUAAACACAUCGUUUAGAGGGGGUGUAGGUUGGGGUACCUACACUAGGGUCUAGUGUAUACCAAUUAUUGCCUCUACAAUUCCAUAAAAAAAAAAAAAAAAAAUUACCAAAACCAAAUUUAUUAUGAUUGGGCUAUGUUUGUAUUGGGCUUCAAAACUUGCAGUGUACGCUGACUCCAUAGUACCUCGACCUCAGCGUACACUGCAAGUUUUAUUGAUUUAUUUAUAAAUAAGGUGGAGAAGACCAAAACUCCAUUUUUAAAAGAGAGACUCAAAAUUGAAAAAAAUAAAAAAAAGGGGGAGAAAGUGGUGCAUUCAAGGAGGGAGGAAGACUGUUAGCGUGAUAACGAAGCGAAGCUUGAAGAGUGAGAAAAAUGUCUGGAACUCAGGAAGAAGACAAGAAGCCCGGUGACCAAGGUGCUCACAUCAAUCUCAAAGUCAAGGGUCAGGAAUUCGUUUGGGCAAAUUUUGAUAGUUUUAGGAAAAUACCAAAAUGCCUGCUGACAACAAUAGAACCCUAACCACUUUAAGUGGGACAAGGAGGAGAGAACACGAAGAGGCCACAUCCGCGUUUUGGUUUGGUCUUAGUGUUGAUUGGUAUGGGCAUUGGGUGAAUGAUUUUGUUCCUCUCUUUCUAGCUACGCCCAACAGAAAAACGAAUACGAAAACGAAGUGCUUCAACCGGUGACCUUUUAACAAUGGCUUGGGAUUCUUCUUGGGACGAAGCCUUUGUGAGUGUCUUCGAUGAAAUAUGUGCCAAAGGACAUUAUGGAAUUCACAAAUCACAGAUGUGGUCUGACGAAUUCUGGAGAAGAUUCGCCUAUCGAUUUGGUCAAAAGAUUGGUAAUCACCAAAUCACGUCUGAGCAGUGCCAAGAGUGGGGUAUGCUGCCCCGAAAUGUUAACCGUAUAUAUGAGCAUCCUGAGGCCGAUCGAGAACCUGAUAUGUUGUCUGUCAAGAUGAACGUCUCCAAAAAGAAUACCAGUGGGUCGAGUAGCUCCAUUAAGGGUAGCUCUUGGGGCAAAAGAAAGAGUUAUCAUACGGAAUCAAAUGGAUCUGAAGAGCCUAAACUGAAUGGACUCUUGAUGAGAGUUGCAGACGAACUACUUUCAGUAAGAGCAAGUAAAGAGUGUUCUGAUUCAGAUAUUGUGAAGGCAAGCGUAGUCUAUAAUAAUUUAAUAAUGAGAAAGCAACUUUUGCCGGUGUAUAUGUUUUUACGAGCCACCCCAAAGGAUAAGGCUCGAAUCCUCAUAAUUCACCUACUUACGGUCCCAAAGAAGUUUAUUAAUGUUAUAUAACAGAAGUUUAUUAAUGUUAUAUGGAAAAAGUUUUAA